AGCAGUUACAAUUUAAGGCAUAGUUGCUUAGGUUGGAUUGUCGUUUAUGGUGAAAAAUGUAAUCUGUGCAAGUGUUUUAUGUAUGAAUUAAAUAUCUUAUUUCAAUCGUUUUUUUUCCUUGCCGUGAUAUUAUUAAAACAAUGGUUCAUAGCGAACUUUAAAUAAAUCUUCCUUUGUAAAUAAUGAGAGGAUUGAUGGUUCAAUCGGGAACCUUACCCAAUCAACGAUUGAAGAAAGGUAUAACUGCCUCAUUAGCCCCAGAUGGUAGAAUAUAUUACUUUAAUCAUGUAAAUCAAACGACUUCCUGGUUACCACCAAUCGAUUCAUGGGAUGCCGGUGAUCCAUGUUUACCCUAUGGUUGGGAAAUUGCUUGUGAUGCAGAGGGCAAAAAUUAUUACAUUAAUCAUCUUAAUAAGACUACAACGUAUGAAGAUCCAAGAAAAGAUGACGACGAUCCACCACCUCAGCCUAGAGAGGUUGAAUUAUUUCGCCAUCCUGAAUGGGGUUUUGGCUUCGUUGCAGGCUCAGAGAAGCCUGUAAUAGUUCGUUCAGUUAAAGAAGGGGGACCCAGUGAUGAUAAAUUGCUACCUGGAGAUCAAAUACUCAAAAUUAAUGGAAUAGAUAUGAUUCGAGCUCCUCGUGAAGAAGUUAUUGAAAUGGUUAAAUCUUGUCAACACUCUGUUAAACUCACUGUUUGUCAACCGUUUUCAACUCGUAAAUCAGCCAUUUUAACAGCCGCCAAGAAAGCCAAAUUAAAAUCUAAUCCAUCUAGGGUACGAUUUGCCGAAGGAGUUGCCAUAAAUGGUUCACCUUUAUAUUGUCAAACACCUUUCGAAUCAGCAGUUCCAUUCAUGCCAAAUGUUUUAAAAGUUUUCCUGGAAAAUGGUCAAACUAAAACAUUUAAGUAUGACAGUUCUAUAACAGUGCAAGAUGUUUUAAACUCUCUCGUUGAGAAACUCGACCUUCGUUGCUCAGAAUAUUACAGUUUAUGUACGGAACACAUAAAAUCUAUUCGACGUAACAAAUUAACCAUUUUGGACCCCAAAGAUACUUUAUCAAAAAUUGCUGCUAGACCCGGUGCUCACAAUUUGCGAUGUCUAUUCAGGAUGACUUUUGUGCCAAAAGAUACGAAUGAAUUAUACGAAAAAGACCUUAAUAGUUUUGAAUAUUUAUAUGGACAGUGUUGCAAUGAUGUUGUUCAAGAAAGAUUUACUCCUGAAUUAAAUUACGAAAUUGCUCUUCGUCUCUGUGCCCUUCACCUUUACAAGCAUGCACUUGUUAAUGGUUUGGUGAAUAGUCGUGGUAAAGUUAAUUUAAAAGCUGUUGAAAAAGAGUAUGGUCUAGAGCCUUUUGUGCCAUACACAUUGGCAGAAACAAUGAAACGCAAACAACUCCGCAAAUAUCUCAGUCAUUCCCUAAAACAGAACCGCGUGUUCAUUCCAUCGGGCCAAAAACAUCUUACAGAGACACAAACAAAAAUUCAUUAUUUAUCUUUUAUCAGUGAAAUGCCAUGUUAUGGAGCUAAACUAUUCUUAACCAACAUUCACGAUUCAACUGCUGAUUCGGCUUUGCUCAUAUCUCCCAAAUAUGGUAUUAGUCAUGUUACCCGUGGACGUCAAUCAUCACCCAUAACUUUAGCCAAAAUAGAGGAUGUCACCAGUAUCAAAGUAACCAAAGAUGAUGAUCUGAGUUUUACAGUUGAAAUUCAACUCAAAGGAUCUGGAAGCUCCAUUGAAACAUCACCGUUACAUUUUGCUCUAGAUGAAAAAGAUACCGAAGAGUUUGCCUUGGUCUUAAAAGGCUAUCAUAAUCUAUUAACUGGAAAUACUGAUUUAUCCAAAGAGAUUCCCGUCUAUUGGGAUGUGGGUCCUUCAUGGUGGACUGAUUCAGAUUUAAGGGAAUCAAUGAAUGGAAAGGCUCCGAGUUAUCAUGGUAAACAUUUAGUUAAACCAGCUCCUUGGUCUUAUCCACCAUCAGACAAUCCCAAUGAACUAAAAAUGGUUAACUUAUCACUACCUCCGCCUAGUUACAGUCCAAAUGAAUCUUUGUGCUCUAAUUAUCCCAAAGGAAGUCCAAUGAUUCCUCCUGAAACCCACCUAGAUCACAAUAUGAACAAUUCAUCCAACUCUUCAACUGCAUCUCGUCUUUUGGGUGAAUCUUCAUCUUCACUUAGAAACCAAAUCUCUGGAUUUACCCGUAAAAAUGAGAUACUCUUUAAAGAAACGACAAAAGAUGAUAUUAAUAAUGGACUUUCCAGUUCAGAUGACAUCAUGCAACGAGUAUUGGAAAUGAAUAAAAUAAUUGCUGAUGCUGAAACCUAUCUCAGUGAAAAUGAAGGCCUAACAAAUGAUAACUCUGAUAAAAGGCUGAUAGAUAAUGAAGAGGAAGUCAGCGAGUCUUGUGAUCAUCAUCCUCAGCUUAAAGCUGCAGAUUCGUUGUUAUUUUUAACUCAUAUUGAUGAUACAAGUAAUUGUCGAGACAAAAUAGCAGAAUCCAUCGACGAUUCUCCCUUUGAAAGUGAUACUGAUGUUGAAAGUUUAAUAACAAUAAACGGAAGCCUGUCUCAUGUGCAAUCAAGUGAAACAACGUGCCUUAAAAAUGAUGCUGAAAAAAUGGAAGCAUUUGAGUACAAUCAUCUUAAUAAUAAUUCAAUCAUCAGUAAAAAUGCUAAUAAUAACGUUAAUAACAGCACCAUCUCUAACCACAUGAAUAGUAAUAAUAAUAAUAAUAAUAAUAGUAAUAGUAAUAAUUCAAGCGCCAAUAAAGUUACUAUACCAAUACCCGGUAGUAGUAAUGGAUCAAGUUUUGGUCUCCAUAGUCCUGAUGUUAUACCAAGUCUUAGUGAUACUGAGAAUGAUCUCAUUGAAACGUUAAAGGCUUUACAAAAUCCUGGUGAAUAUCAGAUACCUUUCUCGGAGACGACACUGUAUCUUGACCAAGAUAUUAUCGAUUUAACUGCAAUCCCACCGCCCAAGACACCCGACUUUGAUCUAUCAUCUUCACCCUCGUCAAAAUCAUCUUCACCAUCAUCGCCAUCACCUUAUGCAAUACCCUACUUACAAUCAACUAAUCAUCAUUAUGAAUUGUCUCCUUCCUCACCAACGCCUUAUGGAAGGCUUAAAAAUAGUGCAAGAAAUUUGUCUAAUACGUUAAAUAAUAAUAAAAAUAAUAACAACACCAUUUUAAAUGGAAAUAGCAAAAUUGUCAACAAUGACAAUGGCAUGGAUGAUAAUUAUCAUAAAGAUUAUAAGCAUAAUGGAGUCCAAGAUUCACCAACUAAUUUGGCAAACGUUCAACUAUUGGCAGAGUAUGACAGAAUGUGUGAUAAUCUGAAAGAUUUACAGCUUCUGUCUAAUUUAGGAUCUUCCCUGCUCAGCUCAUCGUCCAUAAAUUAUCCUGCUGCCCCACUUGAUACUGAAAUUUUAAAAUCUUUACCCCAAGACAUUGAUAAAUUUAUUGCCACGGUUACCGUCCCACCUCCUACAACAGCCUUGUCAGCUAAUCUGGUUGAUGAGGCAAAUUAUGACAAUGGCUACGAGUCCAAUAAGGAUGACUGUGAUUACCUUAGUUCACUAAUAAUACCACCUCCACCUUUAAGUUCACCCUCAUUCAAUCAAGAGCAAAACGACAUAAUUGCCCGCUUUUGGAAAGCUACCGAUGACGUUAGAAAGGUUUGCAAUGACAGAGAUGAUUCAAGUCCGCGAUUAUCUUGCCGGGGACUUCAUAGUAGUUCCAGUGGUGACUCUGGUUAUGAUUCAAUAAUAAACUCUUCGCCCUUCUUCUCGUCAUCUUCCGCAUCUUCAACCCUCACAAAUAGCACCAUCAAUGCUACCAAUCAUAACAAUAGCAACAAUUCAUUUCACCAUCCAUCUCAAACUCAUUACCAGCUCAACAAUAGCAAUAUUAAUGGUGAUUGGUCUUCAACAUCGCCUAACUGCAAUGAAAGUAUAAAUUAUGAUAAAUUUUUCCUGCCAACAGUAGAAGAGAUUCCAAUGUGUCGAUCUAAUUUAAGCAACAUUUACUCUCGACUUACUAUUGACAAUCAUGGUUCAUCAAAUACAACCAGCAACAGCAGUUCAAACAUAUCUACAUCAACCCAAUCACCAUACCUAGAUUUACUCUCAUUAUCAACAAAUAAUAAAAGGAUCUCAGAAAGCUCAAGUUGUGAUGAUCUUUACUGUUUCUCAAGAAAAACUGAAAAUGAGUUUUUAUCAAGAAGUUCUGAUGAAAGUGCCGAUGAAUCUUCAAUAUUACGACCCUUGGUCAAGUCACAUUCAUGGACGAGCCUGCAAAGAACUAGAAAUCGAGCCUUUGGUAAACCUCCUUUGCCGCCCUAUUCAGCGACACGAUUAAGUGAAAGAAGGAAAUUGAUACCCAAUUGCAAUAAAAAGUUAUCCGGAUUGACUUCUAUGGUUGAAGUAACCAAAUCUGAUCGUUGUUCUGGCUCAGAGUUUCAUUCAAAACUAAACAAAUUUCCUAUUGAACCCUCAACUUCAAAUUUAUCUGCUUUGGAUCAUAUUCAAUCUGAUGCUGUUGACAAUUACAUGUCUCUAUCCUUUGAUAAUGAUCCUUUGAGUGACUUUAUUGGCCGAGGAGUUUUAGGACUUGGUGUUGAAGUUGAAAGAUAUCAUCAGCAUGAAUCUGAGACUGACAUUUUGCUGAAUAAAGGGAAACUGGAAGAUUUAUUUAUACGAUCUCAACGUGAUAUCGAUACUUUGUUGGUUAGAUUGGAGGAAGUCCAUGAGAAUCGUUUACGAAGUCAUCCAACAAUUUACAAUUCAUGUCAUGUUGAAAAAUAUGUUGCAGCCAAAGAAACUCUAUUAGUUGAAUCUCGUCACUUUGUUACCGCAUCCAAACUGUUUGUUAAAUGCGCAACCGAAGCCUCACCUCUAUUAGUUGAUCAUCUUCUCUCUUGUAUAUCUUUAUUGGAACGAAUGUUUGACAUUGGAGAAUCAAUUGCCAUCCAUUUAAAAUCUCAAGCUCAAAUUACCUGUUUAGUCGACAGAUUAAAAGAGGUUGCAGCCACUUUUGGCUAUACCGUUGAUACGGUUCACAAGUUAAUUGAUGGAUCAACCCAACCUGAAGAUGCUUCAUCAAGCCCUUACAUGGGCCUUUUAAUGAAUCACGCUGGAAGCCUGGCAACAUCGCUUAGCGCACUAAUGAGAACCUUGAGAGCCCUCAAUUAGAUAUUAGACUGUUACAAUUGACUAGAAUCAUUAUUUCAUCUUUUACUUUUUAAAUAUUUCUAAUCAUUUGAGAUUUCGCCUGUUGAUUUCUCACAACCCUGCUCUCUCUUUAUAAAAGAAUCCUCAUCCUUCAAAUUAAGUUACUCAUUAUAUUGUAUUUUCAUCUCAGACUCAUCUUUUUAACAACUCAUCUUUUCUAAUCAUCUAUCAUUUUUUAAUCAUCAGGUGUUGCUUCUCUCAUAGUGUGCACCAUUUUAAAUCAUCUUUCCUCAAUCACAAAGUUGACACUGUUAACAAACUCACUUGCAAGUUGCAUCUCUUGUUCAGCAAUAUUGUUCUUUUCAACUUUGAUUAUAAUUGAAUUAGUUUACCCUAUCAAAUUAUUAGAUCAUAGGUAUUAAAAAAUAUUAACUAUGCUGCUUUAGAUGCAAAAAUUUUGGCAGCUUUUUUUCACAGCUUCUUCUUUCCUAUGAAAUACAAUUUUCCUUCUCAUUUUCAAUUAACAAAUUGUUACCAGUUCUAUUUAAUAAACGUUUUUAUCGAUUGUUGAACUAACAAGAAAUUUAAA